CAGAGAGUUGAUGGGCUGGUCUCUACACUCAGAGAUGCAUUGAUUCAUCUUUAGAUUUAGUGAGUUGAACGACUGGUUUGUUCUCCUGAAAAGAAUGUUGGUAUGUUCACAAACUGUCAAUUAGGGAAAGUGAGACUUGCAAAAACUCAGAACAGCAGUUGGUCCCUGACGCCAGCAUCGAGCUGCUCGACUGAGAGAUGAACAGAGAAAAAAGGAAACGAGAGAAUCCGAGCGCCGAUGGAGACAGAGGACAGUGGGCCAGUAAAGCUGAAUAUAUUCUGGUCGUGGCUGGAAAUGUGGUCGGUUUGGGCAACGUCUGGAGAUUUCCGUACCUCUGCUACAAGAACGGUGGAGGCGCCUUCCUGGUGCCGUACUGCCUGUUAGCUGUGGUGUGUGGGAUACCUCUGUUUCUACUGGAGACUGCGAUGGGUCAGUACACGCAGGAGGGAUUCAUCACCUGCUGGGGGAAACUGUGUCCACUGGCCCAAGGGAUUGGAUAUGGAUAUUUCAUGAUGAAGCUUUAUGACUUCAGCUACGUUCUAGUCCAAGUCUGGGCUAUUUUCUACCUGGUGUUCUCGUUCAGAUCUCAGCUCCCGUGGGCCAACUGUGACAACCACUGGAACACAGCUAACUGUGUCGGUCUUGAGUUUUCCAAUUCAUCGAAUGUGACGGGAAAUCUGCACAACACCACCUCUUCUGCGACUGAGUUCUGGGAACGGCGGGUGUUGGGCAUGUCUGGAGGGAUCGAGGAGCUGGGCAGCGUCAGGUGGGAGCUGGCUCUGUGUCUUCUCGUCAGCUGGGUGUUCUGCUACUUCAGUAUCUGGAAAGGCGUCAGAUCCUCCGGGAAGGUUGCAUACUUCACAGCUACGUUCCCCUACUUGAUGCUCUUCAUACUGCUCAUCAGAGGCCUGACUCUCCCUGGAGCUUGGGAUGGGAUCUACUAUUACCUGUAUCCAGAUGUGAAGAAGCUGGCUAACCUUGAGGUGUGGCUAGAGGCAGGAUCUCAGAUAUUCUUCUCCUACAGCCUGACGAUGGGGACUCUCAAUGUCCUGGGCAGCUACUGUAACUACAACAACAACUGUUACAAGGAUUGUUUUUGGCUGUGUCUGCUGAACAGUGUGACCAGUUUUGUUUCUGGAUUCGUCGUCUUCUCUGUUCUUGGGUUCAUGGCUCAAAAACAGGGCGUGAGCGUCGACAAAGUGGCCGAAUCAGGUCCAGGUUUGGCCUUCAUCGCCUACCCACAAGCAACAGCUAUGAUGCCUUUGCCACAGCUGUGGACUGUCUGCUUCUUCCUGAUGCUCAUCCUGUUGACUGUCGACACACAUUUCGUGACGGUGGAGAGCGUCAUCACCUCGGUGAGCGACCUGUUUCCGAAGCUGUUUCACGCUCGAGGGAGACACGAGGUCUUUGUCCUCGUCAUCUGUUUGUCCUUCUUCCUCCUACAUCUGACCCUCGUCACUGAGGGAGGCAUUUACGUAUUCCAGCUGAUUGAUUAUUACGGUUGCACCAGAGCCUGUCAGGACUUCAUGGCUGUAGCCGAGUGCCUGGCUAUUGCCUGGAUAUUUGGUGCUGACCGCUUCAAUGACGCCAUCAAGGACAUGACGGGACAGAGGCCGUUCAUCUUCUUCAAGCUGUGCUGGAAAUACAUCGUUCCUCUGCUGUCACUGAUUUCCUUCAUCCUGUACAUGGUCGAUUACGAACAACUGAAGGUUAACGACAGCUACACCUACCCUGACUGGGCGUACUCCCUGGGAUGGGCCAUGACCCUGUCCUCUGUUGUCAUGGUGCCUCUGUGGGCAGCUGGACUGAUGUGUGUCACACCUGGAAGCUUCACACAGCGUUUGUCGGUGCUCUGUCGUCCGGCUGAACAUCCAACCCACCAGACUGAAGGUGGAAAACUGAGUGAGGACGAGGUGACUGUUGAACUGAGGUCAUCUGCUGCGAAAACUUAAUAAAAGCUGCACGUGUCAGCUGAACACUGAUGGAACACUAAGAUUUUAUUGUUUUUAGUUUUCUGCCUUUUUAAAAAAAGGCAAUGCUCUGAGGACUGGUUAUGAAGAUUUCCUUGUUUUUAUAGGAGGAAGUAAUUUGUUAAAUUAAAUUCUAUAAUUAGAAUGUCACCCAGUAGAGCGCAAACCUGUCAAGGCCCCGAUUUGAAACCAGUUAAAUUCACUAGAUCUGGAUUUUUUUAUUUGGAUCUGCACCAAAUUAAACUCACUUACGAACUGAUACAGAUAAGAUGGAUUUCUUUCAUCAAGAUCCACAAAUUAUUCUCGAAAACGUUGAAACACGUCUCCUCUAACGUUAGAGGAAGUGAAAAAAUAUUCCUGGAUCCGCCGCUGAUCCAGAUCUGCACCUUGACCCAUAAUCACACCCUUCCACCAGGUCUCAUGGAAAUCUGCCCAGUGGCUUUUACAUAAUCCUGCUAUUAAACAAACAGACGACUCAACUCUAUGUAACUCAACAUUACAGUCUGCAGAACGUAGUUUGACAAUUAAAUCUCUCCUUGAACCAAA